ACACAGGUCUAUUCUGCUGCGGAGUCUCUGCAGCCUCAUGGGCACCGUGUUCCUGCUUCGCUGUGUUACCAUGUUCGUCACCUCCCUGUCUGUACCGGGGCAGCACCUGAAGUGCUCGGGCAAGAUGUACGGGGAUGUGUGGGCCAAGCUCCAGCGUGCACUGGCCAUCUGGAGCGGCUUGGGAAUGACCCUGACCGGGGUGCAGACCUGCGGAGACUACAUGUUCAGCGGGCACACUGUGUGCCUCACCAUGCUGAACUUCUUUGUGACUGAAUAUACUCCAAGGACCUGGAAUUUUGUACAUACCUUGUCUUGGGUUCUGAACUUGUUUGGUAUCUUCUUCAUCCUGGCGGCCCAUGAGCACUACUCCAUUGACGUGUUCAUUGCUUUCUACAUCACUACCAGACUCUUUCUGUACUAUCACACACUGGCUAACACACGGGCCUAUCAGCAGAGCCGCCGAGCUCGCAUCUGGUUCCCCAUGUUCUCUUUCUUUGAGUGCAAUGUCAAUGGCACCGUGCCCAAUGAGUACUGUUGGCCCUUCUCCAGGCCGGUCUUCAUUAAAAAGCUGAUUGGCUAG